AUGGAUUUCCCAGAUAAUUUGGUCCUCUCGACUCUUGUAGAGGAUGCAGGUCUUGAUGGUCUGAGACAUGAGAAGCUACCUCCCAUCAAUCUUCAAUUCUUCGUCCCGCGACUGUCCGAGAAACCACAGGAUCCCAUUGUAGACACCCUCAAGCACAUUCAGAUUGUGCCGUUUCCGUCUCUGAAUUCCCCAGAUAACUUUCCAACCGGACUUCCUCUUCCUGUGCUUGACCUCCCUUCCUCUCCUGUGACGGACACUCCGACCAACUUCUGGAAGCGCGCACUGGAGCAUCGCCCGGAACAGCUGUCUCAUAUCAAAUCAUGGGAUGCUCUACACCCCUCGUUUGAUAAACGGUCUUCCUCUUCACCCUUCCUCUCGGAACAAACAGCAUCAGUAUUCGCGUCAGCGCGCAGAGUCAUGAAUCCGCAAGUAAUUGAUCCUGACGCGUGUAUCGCUUCUACGAACGAGAUCGAGCUCCUCCAAGCCUUGCGAGGUCUGGUCAUCGGCAAUUCCUCUCGCCUCUUUCAGUGGGAUGCAGACCAGGAGAUCUUCAAUCUCGGAGGCUUCUCUGCCGAACGCGAUGCUAGGUUGGUUGUAGAUGGUUGGGAUGCAACAUUAUCUGCUAGCUACCUCAAGCGCUUCAUCAACAUCGGAUGCGCUCUACGACGUUUGGACGUGUUCAUCGACUCUCUUCGCGAAAGCUCGAGCAAAGAUGGUCCAACUAUUCACAGUUUCAGUCAUGCACUUUUGCUUGUUGUGGACAUCUACCGCGAGAAGCUGGCGGCAACUCAAUACGAGACGCUAUGGGACACCAUGUCGUCGCGUCUAUGGGCAGAACUUGAGGAUACAGAAGAUGUUCUACUGGCUUUGAUUGCAUUGUGCGGACGCCCAUUAGAUCGACUGGGUAGUGAAUACCACGAGUUCUCUAGCAGAGCCACCACACUGCUCUCGACCAUAUACGAUCAUCUGCAGGAGAGACGCCUCCAUCAUUCCCCGCGAGUGGUUGUCGCCGUCUUGAGUUACAUCCUCACAAGUACUUCGACCGAGUACUUCGCGAUAUUAGGGGAUUCUGUCAGCUACAAGCGCGAUGAACGCGAGCCACGUCCCAUGGGCUUCGAGGAUGCAGAUGGAGAACCCGACUUCAUAGAAGACUUUGAAGACAGCGACAAGGAACUCGCGGCGCACGAUAAUGAAGACGCGGUAUUCCCCACUUUCUUCCCUUCGGGCACCAUCGAAACCAUCACACGCGCUCGUGUAUCCUUGCAGCUUCUGCGAACGGCCGAGCCCGACCAUCCAUUGCUGCAUGCCGCUCAUGGUCAGAGAUCGGUGCAGUGGGUUUGGACGGUCGAUGAGGUUCAAGAACUAGCGGAUGAUCGACUACAGACACCCAAUACCAUGCCUCAGAGCUUGGACUUUGCUGAAGACACUGUAGACCAGCGCUCCAGAUCUGAAACAACGCUGCGUGAACUUGACCCAGUGGCCCUUGUCCUCGAACAAUUUCGAGUAUUCGAUCGUGAUCCCGGGAACACGACAUCGGACGUUCACGAACCUCACAUCGUCGCGCAGAAGUUCAUAGACACUUUCCCCGAUAAUCUCCCGCCACUCACACCAACGCUCACACACCUAUUCGAUCUCGUCAUAUCGCCACUACUCGAGCACUGCAGCUUCAUCUCUUCUGCUCUCCUCAAAGUCACACUGUCGCCUUUGCGUGCUCUCCAUCUACCCACCCAUCUGCGACUCGUCCGCGACUACCUCUUGCUCACCUCGCCCACCUUCAAGCGCCGACUCGGCCAUGCGUUGUUAUCAGACUCUGAUAACUGGGAGUUUGAGACCAGCUCCUCACUCGCAUUAGCGAAGCGCGCUUCAGGCAGGUCUACUCCUGUAGCCGUUUCUGGGGAUACGUGGGCCGUCGGACUUGGGUUUGGUCUUGUCGAGCGCACAUCAUGGCCUCCCGGUGGUAGUGAUCUGAGCUACUACCUCCGCACCGUCAUAGUGGACUCUCUGGACAUACCGGACACGCUCAGCCACUCUACACUCAACACUGAGCAUCAAGCGCGUGCACGCAUGCUCACAGAAGCGGAGUUCAGGCUUGGUUUCUCGAUCCGCGACCUACCAACUGGUCCUGGUAGAGAUCGAUGGUUGGACCCAUGCUCUAUCGAGGCGUUGGACUUUCUCCUGAUGACCUACAAGGCACCAGCGCCGCUGGAUGUGGUCAUCACCGACAAUGCGCUCUCCAAGUGUCAGCGAAUCUUCACGUUUGCUAUGCGCCUGCUCAGAGUACAACAUGCCUGCAACGCUCUGCAUCGUAUGACGAGGGACUAUCGGUCACCCCUUUUCGAGACGCAUGGCGUCGUCAAUCGGCAACUGCUACACUUCCGCUUCAUGGCUCACAACUUCGUCGAGACGCUCGUCUCGUAUAUCUUUGACGUCGCCAUCCGAGGCAACUACGAUGGGUUCCUCGACCGGCUUGAGACCCCCUCGAUUCCGUUCUCGGACAUCUCGGCCGUAGCCGAAGAGUACUCUGGGAUGCUUGACAAUGUCCUGAGCGCAUGUCUGCUUCGAUCGAGUCAACGCAUGGUCUCGGACCUUCUGCGCGGGUUACUCGAGCUUGUCCUCGACUUCUGCACACUUUGCGGAGAAAUGCGUCGUGGGAACUUGGAGGAGUAUAAAGCGGUGCCGAUCUUUGAAGAGGUGUUUGCGAGGUAUCGUAGGAGGAUGUCAUCGCUCGUAAAUGCCCUCAAGACCAUCGUAGAGAAGCAGUCUUCGUCGUCGUAUCUUCCUGCGGAUUACGCGCAUCUUGCUCUAGGUGCGGAUGAGCGAUUCGCUGCUGGAGCAACUGGAAACCUAUACCAGCUGCUCAUGAGGCUUGACGUCAAUGACUGGAUCAGUAGUCACGCUGAUUCGCCUUGA